AUGCUAUGGCCAAACGUCAAGAUUGAUGUUCUUAUUGAUUUCACUGGCCUACACUGGAUACCUGAAAUCGGCUGCGAGCUUCGUGACAUAUGGCUCUUGAACCAAGAAGAGCUAGUUGGUGUUGAUACAAGCAGCCUGGUUCUAUGGGGUUUUACUAUAAUUGGCUUUUCCCAUCUCGCUCUUGCAUACCAGGCAUCCAUGCCUUCGUCGACGAGUGACAUCUGCAACAUUAAGCUGGCCUAUUGUGUGAUGGUGAGCUUUCUGGAAAAGCUUCGUGAGACCCGUACGACCUUGUGUAAUCUCAACGGGAAGCGCAUUGAUAUAGCAUGUGCUGGAACAAAGCGAAAAGAGGCUCCUGCACGAUGGCCAGCACCACCACUGAUAGAGACCCCUUUCAAGUUGUCAAAGAUGCAUGCAAAAAGUAAAAGUGGCAAUGGAUCAUACCUUUGCUGA